CACCGGCAACCGGGAACCAAGUGUUCAAAUGCAGGAGCUUGGGGAGGACAUUCUCUUUUUGUUGGAAACAUCUGACCCAGACCCUAGCCACUGAGACCAGAAGAGGGCGUCUGAUCCCCUGGACCUGAAGUUAUGCUCCAGGGGAUCUGCAUCAUUUCGAGGGGCCAUAUAGGUGCUGGAAGAACAGCCAGUGCUCUCAACAGAACAGCCAUGAUCCAUCUCUCCAUGUGUGGUCAUGUGUUUAUGUGUGCAGAUCAGAAGACAACUUUGUGAAGGAGUCAAAAACGGGGGAAGUAAGUGGAAAGACGUCAGUAAACCAUACCGGGGAUCCUAAACCCAGGUGGCUCCAUUCCUAUUGGCUCCGCCCUCUUCCCGGAUAAUGGACCCGCCCCUCACGCCUAUUCAUCGAGCGUUCAACUUGCCACUGCGAAGGACAGAGCCUCUGGACUCCCAGGUUCCUGGCCAGGGAGGAGGAGGAAAAGGUGAGACCUUUCUGCCAGGGCUGGGCGUGGCCUGAGGGCUAGGCUGUUGGUCCUGGGAUGCCUCAGCCCAAACCCAGUGAGCAGGAGGGUGAGAGCAUGAAGGCCAGCCAGGAACCAGCUCCCCAGCCUGGCACAGAUGUGGUCCCAGCAGCCCCCAGGAAGCCCAGAAAGUUCUCCAAACUGGUCCUGCUGACAGCCUCCAAAGACAGCGCCAAAGUGGCUGGGGCCAAGCGCAAAGGAGUGCACUGCAUCAUGUCCCUGGGAGUGCCAGGCCCAGCCACCUUGGCUAAGGCCCUCCUCAAGACUCAUCCUGAGGCUCAGCGGGCCAUUGAAGCGACUCCCCUGGAGCCCGAGCAGAAACGCAGCAAGCAGAACCUGGAUACAGAUGGUCCAGAAGACAAUGGAGGGUCAGGGGUGUCUUCUUCAAGUUCAGAGGAGACCACUGUGCUCCCCAAGGCCCCCAGCACUUCCCCAUAACCUUGGCAACUGCUGUUGCAUAAACUACUUUUAUAAGUAAGAAACAAAGAGAGAAAAUAAAAGAAGCUGUGUGCUAUUUCCCACCA